CCCUGAGCAGCCCGACGGACUCCCCGGAAGUAAACAGAACUUCCUCCCUUGGUUCCCAGCGGAAGACCGCAGGGCCUUGUGGGGAAUGUAGCCUCACACCCCGUGACGUCACCAGCGCCGUUCCGCGGGAAGGACUUUUCUGGGAUCCUUCUGCGUAUGCGCAACUCAGCCCACCUCCGCUGUUGUCCUCGAGGAAUUUCUGGCUCCGGCGGUCUCCGUGGCUCUGCAGACCGGGGUUUGCACUCUGCGCCCCUAGAGGACCAUUCUGUCAUGGCGGGCUUUGUAAUCUUUGAUCUUAUCCACCUAAUGUGUAAAGUGUUUUGAGCCUGAGAAUCUAGGACCUAACCACACCAGUUUUCUCAUGACUCUACUCCAUUCGCCUAUUCUCUGAGGGAUGCUUCCAGAAUCCAUAAUGUGUUUCCAAGAGCAACAAAAAAUUAAUAAAUCACUGGGAGAAAUAUGCCAUUACAGGGGUUGGUGUCAUUUGAGGAUGUGGCUGUGGACUUUACCUGGGAGGAGUGGCAGAGCCUAGAUGAUGCUCAGAGGACCCUAUACAAGGAUGUGAUGCUGGACACCUACAACUGCCUGGUAUCCUUGGGACAUUGCAUUACAAAACCUGAGGUAAUCUUCAAGUUGGAGCAAGGAGCAGAGCCAUGCAUGGGAGAAGAACCCGCAGAACUGAGACUCCCAGAUGUCCAGAUGGUUGAUGGUUUAAUUGGGAGAAGCCAGGAAAGUCACAGUAGACAUUUGUGGCAAGCUGUAUUCACCAAUUGCAAUACACCUACAAAGGAGAGGGUGGCAUUAGGAAAUAGGUGUAAUUUGAACUCACACCAUAUACCAACACUGAUUAUAAAUAAUGGAAACUAUUCAGCAGUGAGGCCUGAGGAGCUUAACAUAGGUCAAAAUGAGCUGCUUCCUAGUAAUCUUGAUGGGAUGAAGGCUUCAGAGAAACCUGAUGUUUGUAAUAUAAUGGGGGAAUCCCUCAGAGGUCCUGAAGAUUUUAGUCAGCAGCACAAGAUUCAAACUGGGCAGCAACAUUGUGAAUAUAAUGCACAAGGGAAAGCCUUUAACGAGGAGACAGUAUUAUUAACACAUAAGCAUGUUGAUAGGAGAAACAUGACCCAUAAAUGUCAUGAAUAUGGAAAAGCCUAUGAUAAGUCAGCUCCUGUUGCCCAAGAGAUUACUCAGGGAGAUAGGGAAACUUCUGAAUGUCAUGUAUGUGGCAAAACUUCCUCUACAAAGUCUAACCUCACUAAACUUCAGGAAAAACAUACAGAAGAGAAACCCUAUAAAUGUGGUGAACGUGAGAAAUUCUUCUGUAGAAAAUCAGUCCUUAGAAAACGUCAGAGAACACAUACAGGGGAAAAGCCCUAUACAUGUAAUGAGUGUGAUAAAUCCUUCCGUCAGAAGCUAGGCCUCACUAUGCAUCAGAGAAUCCACACGGGAAAAACCCUAUGGCUGUGAUGAAUGU